ACAGCAAACACGAAUGUCCGCGCGGAAGAUGUAGGUGCCGUCCCAAAGUCGUAGCAACAAAUGGUAUCGCUUCCGUUAAAACAGUUUAAUCAUUACAUCAUGGAUAACAGGGAAAAUACUUGUUAAGUCAGCGGUAUUAGAACAAAGUUAGAUGAAUUAAUGUCAUCGGUGUUUGUGAUACAGUUUUCGAUUCUGGAUUUACACACGGCUAGAAAGGAUUUUACGAGGAGCUCAAUAAUUCUGAAUAUUUUGAAUAUCUUGCCGAAAUCAGAAAUCUUUCUUGUUGGAAUUAAAGGAGUUAUAACCGAGACAUGAAAGUGUAUUAUACAGCAUCAUUUCUGAGCUAAGUGGAAAUGGAAAGGGCGCGAAUGGUUUGUCUGGUAAUUGCGUUAUCUGGCAUCUUAUCACUAAUGUACAGUCGGCUAUUGACGGACCAAUCACUGCAUCUACCAAGGGCAUCGCACUCAGACACUACAAUUACAUCAGGUCAAGAACAUGACAAUACUAACGCUCCCACGGGAACUGAGGAACUACAAGAGAUCGAUACCGGGAUCGGGCCAUCCUUGAAGUCUGAACGCUCUACUUCGUCUUCGUCGUCAAGUUACCAUGGCAACGGCGUCUUGAAAUCUGGUGUGGAUCGUGGACAUCUCGUUCGGCCGAAGAAUAGACUGGCGGAAAUUGGCCACCAAGUAGCGUCUUCCAAAAUUAGGCGCUUGGUGUUCCAAGACAAGCCUCUCGACCAAAGAACUACCGUUUCGCGUCGAGCAAACACUGAUGUUGGAAUAAAUAAUGAAGAGAUGAAAGAGGAAUCCUUCAAGCCCCAUGAGGAUGAGAAACAAAUGGAGUUUUUAUCACAUGUGAAUAAAUCAAACAUUCACAUUCCUUUACCAGAAGAUGGUACAGUUCUACCAGAUCAUUUAAUCAAAAGCAUCAGGGAACAACUAAGUGAAAUGAGGGACGAAUUUAAAAAGAAAUCUGCCCUUGUCUUUGAUCGGGCUCAACUUCCACGGAACCUGACAUUACUCGGAAAAGCGAUCUUUCGGGUAGUGCCAGAAAAAUUCUUACCCGAAUAUCGUAGUCCUUGCUUUCAUCUACACGAAAAAGAUGGGUCGAGCCAGCUGGCUUGUCUACCCCAUGUGUUUCUUGCCGGAUUUCCGAAGUGCGCCACCACCGACCUGUUCAAGAAAUUGAUUCGCCAUCAUCAAAUUGUCACAACGUCCAAAGAACCCCACUGGUGGACUCGAACACGAUUUACUAGAGAUAGCGUACUCCAUUAUUUAGGACACCAGACUAACCUCGUACAAAGGAUGGAAGAGACCGGAGAUAAAAGACUUAUUACAAUGGAUGCCUCUGCAAGCACGAUGUGGGACAACACAUACUCGCUUGGUAAAUUCGGUUCCAUUCGCCAUCCACCCCAGUGGACCCAUACCGAUCUCCUCAGGGCAGUUCUACCUGACGCAAGGUUCCUUCUACUUCUCAGGGAACCCACCGAUAGACUGUAUUCGGGUUAUAUGGCGUUUGACACCGAGUGGCGCACUGAGAAGUCACCGGAAGACUUUCACCAGCGUCUCGUCCGAUCAAUUCAAGAUUUCGGCGGCUGCAUGAAAAAUUAUCAGUUGUCUACAUGUGUGAAUUUCAAAUAUGACAUGAGAUUACGUGUAGGAAUGUACUCUGUCUUCAUACGAGACUGGCUGAAACGGUACCCGCGAGAACAGCUCCACGUUCUAAGGACCGAAGACUGGUCCCAAGACCCGGCGACGGAACUCAGCAGAAUAAUAAGCUUCUUGGACUUAGAUCCGCUGUCACGAGAAGCACGCCUAAACAUCACAUCAUCAUCCAGAGAGAAUCAGAGAAAACAGAAAGAUAGGUCUCUGGGUGACUUACUUCCUGAAUCCCGGCAGCUACUUGAAAAGCUUUACAAACCCUUCAAGGAAGAUCUAGCGCAGUUGCUACAGGAUGAUAAGUACUUGUGGAAUGGAUAAGCAUGACAGUAGAUCUCCAGGUGACGUACUUUCUGCAUCACGGUUGUUGCUUGAUGAAUUGUUCAAAUUCUUCAAGGACGAGCUAGUGCUGUUUCUACAUCAUAAUAAGUACCUUUGGAUUGGAUCAACUUUCGAUAAAUCAACGGGAAAUUUCUGCAUGACGACAAUUAAUUGAUGAAUUGUACAAGCCAUUCGAGGAAGAUCUAGCGCAGUUGCUAAAGAUGAUUGUACAUGUUGAAUCUCUAGGUGACAUACUUUCUGCAUCACGACUGUUAUUGAUAAAUUGUACAGAUUGUUCAAGGAAGAUCUAGCGCAGUUGCUACAGGACGAUAAGUACUUGUGGAAUGGAUAAGCAUGGCAGUAGAUCUCUAGGUGACGUAAUUUCUGCAUCACGGCUGUUCCUUGAUGAAUUGCACAAAUUCUUCAAAGACGAUCUAGCGCAGUUGCUACAUUAAGAUAAGUACCUUUGGAUUGGAUCAACACUUUUAUAAAUCAACGGGAAAUUUCUGCAUCACGACAAUAAUAUUACUUGAUGAAUUGUACAGACCCUUCGAGGAAGAUCUGGCGCAUAGUUGCAAAAAGAUGAUUGUACAGGUGGAAUCUCUAGGUGACAUACUUUCUGCAUCACGGCUGUUUAAUAUUGAUGAAUUGUACAAAUUCUUCAAGGGCGAUCUAGCGCUGUUGCUACAGAAAAUAAUUGUCUUGUGGAUUGGAUCGAUAUUUCGAUAAUUCAACGGGAAAUUUCUGCAUCCCGGCAGUUACUUGACGCGUUGUGCAAACCAUUCGAUGAGGAUCUAGCGCAGUUGCUACUGGAUGAUGGAUCGGAUAAACAUGACGAUAGAUCUAUGGAGACUUUCUGCAUCACCACUGUUACUUGGGGGAUUGUACAAACAAUUCAAGGAAGACCUAGCGCAGUUGCUCUAGGAUGGCAAGUACUUGUGAAGAGUCCAACAGUUCAUGAUCGCCCGCGAGGACCAAAAACCAUACGACAUAUAUUUACUUGAUGGGCUAUUAGAGUAAGCCUCUAAAAUCAACAUAGUUCCCAAAGGCUCCGGGCUCGGGGGGGGGGGGGAUUGGGUCCCAUAAAUUAAGUGUAUACCGAGACUUAUAUAAACAUUGUCAUUGCUACAAGAGUAUUAUCGGCUAAGAAACUUUUCGAUCGAACCUGUUAAUCACUAUAUAAGAUUAUUCAAUAUAAUCACUAGGCCUACUUAAGACAAACGGUUAGAACCAGAAACAGUCGUCCACUGGUAAAGAGUGGAGGUGGGGGUGAAGGCAGAGGUUGGGUAAGGCAGUAAAAGGGAAGUUCAGGAGGCUGAAAAGGGAGAUUCACAGGAUACAACACAGAGGAAGAAGCAAUCACUAUAUUUACAUGAAGCAUAUUAUUUUGUUGUUUUUUAAGCUGAAUAUGUCUAUUAAUUCAAUGAGAUUACUUCUCUUUUCCUCUGACGAUAUAUAUUUUUGAGGCGAUUACGAUGUAUAAAACCUGAUCAAUUUACACUUGUAAAAUCUUGUCAAAUUUAUCAGUGAGAUCAUUUUUAUAUAAUCUUUUUUUUAUUGAUCAAAGAUAUGUUAGCUUGGAUUUUUUUCAUAUGAAGCUUUUUGUCGAACAAUGAAAUAUUAUCGUUGUAACUAUGUAAUAUUAGGGAACAUAAUGUAACAUUAGAGAAGAUAAAGAUGAAAUUGACUUUGCUUUUUUAACCAUAAGACAAAAAGUUCACAGGUCACCUGGUAAAGGGAAAUGUUAAUAGGGACACUGUUGUUGCAAAUUAAAGUAAGCAAUUAACGAUUGGCUAAUUUCAUCUUAUCUUCCUUGAAACGAUUUUUAAGCUGAGUUCCCUUAUAUCUGUCUAAUAUUGAUACAAAUUGAUACAAAUGAAAACUAAUUUCGCAUAUUUUUUUUGGAACAAUACCUUUUUCUUAUCAAGAAAACCCUGUAAGAAAAGCGUGCAUCCUGAUUCAUAGAAAAUGAAAUGUAAAUGGUAUUAGAUUUUAAAAGAAGUAUACAGAGCUGGAACUGCGACCAAAUUGCUUUUUACAUUUAAAGUUGAUCCGUUGUUUAAAUAGGCUCAACUUGUCUUCUGAAAUACAUUCGAACAUUCUGAACGAUUUUUGCAGCGCCGGAUCUAAAAUGUUUGUUGCUCAAAAUGAAAAUGUAGGGUAAUGAAGCCGGAUAGAGGGGAAUAAAGAAGCCGAAAAGACUGAGGAAUCUUACAGGCCCCCUUUCAAAAAUCGGGGUAAAAGACAGAAUGGCAGGUAUAAAGGUAAUUACAAGUACGAUGUACAUGAAGAACAUCAUCCUCAUCAGUCGAAGCUCACUUUGUGCUAGAUCACGAUUUCGUCGAGCCUGAACGUUGAGGGCGCCUUGCCUUGUCCAACGGAAUCGUGAACAGCAGGUUGUAGAGCAGCGUUUCGCAUCCGGCGAAUCUCCAUUGUCCGUGAUUACAGCUCCGGUUGAACCCUGCAAUGAAGCUCUUCCUGCACCAAAACCUCCCGUGUCUCUCAUUUGGGCCCGCAUAUCAUCAUCAUGUUUAUCGGUGGGCAUGGUAGAAGCGGUUGGCUCGUUGAAUCGUUCACUCUGUUGACGACCAUCAGCAUCGACAUCAAUGUCGUUCCUUUGCAUAUUUAUCAUAACAUUGUUGCAAUUCCCUUCAAUGCGUUUCCUACUUGACCUGAUGACGCGAAGGGUUGCUACAUGCAUGAUGGGAACAAUGAUUACGGGGAAAAACCAAACGCAAUUCAGCACGUAGCCUGCGGCCUGCAGUCUUUCAUACACUUCAAUUGAGUCGAUGUAAACGUACAGGUCGUAAUAGAGAAAUGCCCAGUAAGGGAACGCUGUGAGGAUCGCUGCAAGCCAGAGUGUUGCAAUCACGCCAGCGAUUCUCCGACGAGGGACACACCAAACCUGGAAUGCUGUCUUUGGAUGUGCUAUCAGCAGGUAUCGGUUGGUGGCAACUGCGCAAAGGCUGUACAUCGACAACGCAUUUCCGAGGUGCAUAGUUGCCACGGAGGCAUAAUCAACUGCUAUUGUUGUUCGGAAAUCAUCGAAACGGACAAAGAUCGUGAUUAUAUAGAUAGGGUUAAUGAAAGCGGAUAUUAUGAGAUUCACAAUGCUUGUCUGCGCCAUGUAGAUGUUCAUUGAGUGUGUCCUUAAUUGGGGAUUCCUCCAGAAUACGAGCACUAUCAAACCAUUCCCAAUGGCUCCGAAGAAUGUCAAGAGAGUAAAAAAUAUGAUAGCUAUAACACUCAAGGGCUCCCAUACGUCGUAAUCUUCUAGUAUCCACUCAUAACUGAGAAAAGUGUAAAAACUUGAGUUGUUCAUCUCCAUGAUUAUGAAAGGCAAAUUGUAAUCUUCUACACCCGUAGAAAUCCUUGAGUCAGGGUUUACCAAUAUUAUUUCUAAUCAAGGAACAUGUUCAUAGGCGGUCUCCUCGGCAACGGUAGGUACCCUCUGUCAUCUUAGUUACAGCUCAGAGUAAUUCCUCGCAGAUUCACCUGUAAAAGAGAGAUGAGUUUACAAGUAAUCAGAAUAUCUAUUAAAAAAGUAUAUACGUAGGCCUAAAUAGUUUUCUGUUUCUUUUUUGCAGAUAAAAAAAAGAGAAAAUAAUAUGCAAGACAUAGUGGCGGUUUGUGUAGAGUUCAAAAUCACAUCAGGAGCUGUGGAACGGUUUAAUACGGUUUGGAGGGGGGAGGCAGUAGCGUAGCUACGGGGUGCCUUAGGGGGCACGUGCCCCCCCCUGAGAUUUGGUGUGCCCCCCAGGUGCCCCCCCCCUGAAAAAAAUUGGCAGAGC